AAAUGCGUUUACAUUCACAUUUUCUCUGAAUCGCUGGGAAUCGCUGUGAAUCGAUCUUGAGAGUCACAAUGCUCACCGCAUCGGAUAAGACCAACGUCACCGCCUUAUGGUCCAUAAUCGAGUCCAAGGCCGACCACCUAGGCGCCGAAGCUCUGGGCAGGAUGCUGGUCGCCUACCCCGCAUCCAAGUCCUACUUUAACCACUGGGAUCCGAGUGAGUUGGUUCCUAUGUCCUCAAACGUGAAGAAGCAUGGCGCCACCAUCAUGGGAGCGGUGGCCAAAAGCGUGAGAGGCAUCAAUGAUCUUUCCGGGACUUUGAGCGAUCUCAGUGACCUACAUGCCUUCCGGCUCCGAAUGGAUCCUGCCAACUUUAAGGUCCUGGCUCACAACAUCAUCCUGGCUGUGGCCAUGUACUUCCCCGAAGACUUCACUCCAGAGAUGCAUGUCUCCUUUGAUAAGUUCCUGAACGCUCUGUCUGUUGCUAUGUCUGAAAAGUACCGCUAAACUCCAGAACCACAGAAGCAUUGACUGAUCGUAGCAUUUGCAACAAAGACAACAAGAUGCCAUAUGAAAUUUGAUCAAUAAAAAGGUUAAGUUAAAACUGUCA